GUCGCACGCAUCGUGAACGAUACUCCUAAUUUCUCCAUGAUUGUUAAGCUCUCAUUGUUGUGUGGUGCAGUUCGGGUGUCGUAAAAAGUGGUGUCUAGUGAAAGUAAAAGUGACACUUCUCCGCGGCCAUGUCAUACGAUUCUAGAUGUGUCUGGUGUCCUCAUCCGCUGCUGUCAUCCUCUCGUUGAACUUUGCAGCUUCCUUGAAAACUAAAGAUAGCUGUCAAGGGCGUCGGUAUCGUUUCCGUUUUGCUCCUGCAGUAAUCAUCCUACGGCCCGUGGUACAGCGCUGCAGACGGUACUAGAAGCGUCACUGCUGGAUGUUCGAAUGUGUGUGAAGGUCAAUAGUUUGUUCAACUCGUAAUGUUACGUCUUAGCUUGCUGACACAUGCUUACGAAUUAGAAGACAUUACAAGUGACAAAGGUUGUUAUCAGUAAACAACUUUCAUUGCUGGCAGUGCAACUGGCAGAGAACUAUUGCGUUUCGCUGCGGGUAUAGCCGCCCCCAACUGCACGCGUAACCGAUUUUGUGACAGUUGUGUUUUAAUUGUGAGUUUGUGUCGAAAAACACUGGAGACAUUCAUGACGGUGGAUUACGUAGUGGAUGUGUCUUGUGCAGUACAAGGGGCUAUUAGUUAAAAUGUUGCUCUCAUUCUUCGUGCAGUAGAAUCGAGCUGCCAAGGAAACUCGUGCAGAAUAUUUUGUGUCAGUUUAAAAUAAUUUUAUUGUAAAAUAUUCUGUCCAAUCUGCGCAAACUCAACGGGAUAAAAGUGUAGUGUUGUGCGUCGUAAUUUUCUAUAGGUAAAAGAGAAAAGCCCGCCCUCCCCCACGAAGCAUCGUCGUUAAAGGACACCCUAUUAUCCAGUAAAACUCCCCUAGCAUUGCGGAGGAAGUUUUUAACUACAACCCCUCACACACGCACGCGCAUUCCGUCAAACCUCAAACCAUUAGCGAGAGAGCUCCCCUUUUCAAGAGCAUCAAAACUACAGUUUCAAUUUCACUUUCAUAUUAUUUCGCUUCAGAGGUCGACGUGUGUUAUAUAUCUGUGAGUGUCUGUGUGUAAGUGUGGGUUAUGAUUAGACAUCGUGACGAGACAGCUACUUGUCAUUUUUGAAAUUCUAGGACACCACGGAUCUGCUCUCAGUUGCUCAAUCAAUUUGCAGUAACUCUGGAUUCCGGGAAGUGUAAACACUGAGGUCAGGCCUGUUUUCAAUGUCAACGUUCUUUGCCGUGUUCUACUGCAUAUGGCUCCAGUACCUGAAGUCCCUGUCAUCACAACAAAACAGCCUGUAUUGACACAUUGAUCGCACUGCCUUUCCGAGACAGAUUUUUGGAACAUUAACCCCAAUUCGUGGCGCUGCCGACGUCGGAAUGCAGCCCACGAUAUCGACUGUAUCCACGACGUCCUCCACGACGGACAUGCCGGAUACCAAAGACUUCCGAAUCCCCACUUCAGUUAUCGCAUCUCAGCCACUCGUCUCCUCUUCGACGUGUUCUCCACCGGGGACGGCGUCGAGUUCAUCCACCAUGCGUCCUCCUCCGCCACCACCGCCACCUAAAGCUCGUAGCAAUGGCGGAGCCAGCGGAAGUGACGUGAAAUCGGAAAGAAAUCACCACGAGGAGCCGUCUAGUUCCAUUCCGGAUCUCGAGUUCGAUGGGACGACCGUUCUGUGUCGUGUUUGCGGGGAUAAAGCAUCCGGUUUCCACUAUGGUGUACAUUCCUGUGAGGGGUGCAAGGGGUUUUUCCGACGCAGUAUCCAACAGAAGAUCCAAUACCGCCCUUGCACCAAGAAUCAGCAGUGUUCAAUCCUGAGAAUCAACAGGAACCGCUGCCAAUACUGCAGGUUGAAGAAGUGCAUUGCUGUCGGCAUGAGUAGAGACGCCGUGCGGUUCGGGCGCGUGCCGAAACGUGAGAAGGCACGUAUUUUGGCGGCAAUGCAGCAGAGUUCAAACUCGCGGUCACAGGAGAAGGCAGUGGCUGCAGAACUUGAAGACGAACAGCGGUUAUUGAGCACUGUGAUCCGUGCCCACCUGGACACGUGCGACUUCACGCGGGACAAAGUGGAGCCCAUGCUGGCCCGCGCCCGCGACCAACCGUCCUACACCGCCUGCCCACCAACUCUGGCAUGCCCUCUAAACCCAAAUCCACAGCCGCUGACAGGGCAACAAGAGCUUCUUCAAGAUUUCUCAAAGAGAUUCUCACCAGCCAUCCGCGGUGUGGUAGAAUUCGCAAAGCGCAUUCCCGGUUUUGCGCUCCUGCCGCAGGACGACCAGGUCACGCUGCUCAAGGCUGGCGUAUUUGAAGUACUACUUGUGCGUCUUGCCUGCAUGUUCGACGCCCAGACGAACAGCAUGAUCUGCCUGAACGGGCAGGUGCUGAAGCGAGAGGCCAUCCACAACAGUUCCAAUGCGAGAUUCCUCAUGGACUCGAUGUUCGACUUUGCUGAGCGUCUGAACUCGCUAAGAUUAUCAGACGCCGAAGUGGGUCUGUUCUGUUCAGUGGUGGUGAUCGCUCCAGACCGUCCUGGCCUGCGCAACACGGAGCUUAUCGAACGUAUGCAAGGCAAGCUGAAGGCCGCUAUGCAGCUGGUGGUGAGCCAGAAUCACCCGGGCCAUGCCAAUAUCUGCCACGAGCUUAUGAAGAAGAUUCCGGACUUGAGGACGCUCAAUACUCUUCAUUCAGAGAAACUGCUGGCCUUCAAAAUGACGGAGCAGCAGCAGCAGCUGCAACAACAGCAACAGCAGCAGCAACAUCAUCUGUGGGGAGUACCAGCAGAGGAAGAGAGCAACAGCAAGAGUCCUGCUGGUUCCUCAUCCUGGUCGUCAUCAUCAGAUGUGACGAUGGACGAAGCGGUGAAAAGCCCGCUUGGCUCUGUGUCCAGCACAGAGUCAGUGUGUUCUGGUGAAGUAGCGUCCCUCACAGAAUACCAGUCCAGCCAUCACCACGUGAGCCACCAAGCGUCUAGUGCACCACUCCUUGCAGCAACUCUGGCUGGUGGUAUCUGUCCUCAUCGCCAUCGCGCCAACUCGGGCUCAACGUCAGGUGAUGACGACAUGACUGGGCUCCCCCACCACUCCCAUCAUGGCUUAACCAUAACCCCCGUGAAUGCGCCUCCUACACGUCAACCCUUAAUCCAACAGCAUCACAGGUUCCAGCGGAAACUGGAUUCUCCUAGCGAUUCCGGUAUUGAAUCUGGAACUGAGAAACUGGACAAGCUUACUAGUGGUGGAGGAAGCACUGGCAGUGCGCCCACUUCUGUCUGUUCAAGUCCGAGGUCAUUACUUGAGGAUAAGGACGAUGAUAAGCAUCACAGUGGAAGUUCGGGAAGCAGCCACAUUGAUGACAUGCCGGUGUUGAAACGUGUACUCCAAGCACCGCCUCUUUAUGACACCAAUUCCCUCAUGGAUGAGGCUUACAAACCGCACAAGAAGUUUCGUGCAUGUCGCAACAAGGAUUCAGCUGAAGCUGAACCAAUGGUAGUUCAAGUGUCACCACCUCCACCCCCCCAUCCAGCCCAACAGCAGCAUCACUCUUCGCCACAACUUCACCUACACCUAACCGCAAACACACAGCAAUCAUCAUCAUCGUUAUCAUCAUCGUCGUCGUCAUUAUCUAGCACACAUUCAACUCUUGCGAAAUCAUUAAUGGAAAGUCCUCGAAUGACUGCAGAACAACUGAAACGCACUGACAUCAUCCACAACUACAUUAUGCGUGCAGACAGUCCAAAUCACGUGACCACCGAGUUCUCCCCCUCGGCAGCAUCACCUACAACAGUAACGGCGUCUACAACAACAGUACCAGCUUACAAAAUAAACAGCGGAAACCUUCUUGUCUGUGCUAGUUCAGCGCCGAACUCUGGCUACCACUACAUUCCUCCUCAGCAGCAGCAAGCAGUUGGGCGGUGGCAGGGUUCCUCGGGCUUCAGCAAUGGUGCCAGUGUCAUCACCACAACCACCGGGCGGAAUGCUCCUCCCCCUCAGACAUACGUUCUGAUGCAAAACGGCUCCAGUGUUAGCCCACCUGUCCAUCCAGAGCUGCAGCAAACUGAGUUCUCAAGAAUCUACUUCCAUCCUGGCAAUGCCGUAUCACCACAUCAUGCAGCGUCGUCAUCAUCCACAUCACCCCUCCCUGUGCCUCACCGGAAAACACCCCCAGCAGCAGCAUCUUGUCCCCCGUCCCCUUCAUCCACUGGAGCAACACCAUUAAUCAUCUCAUCACCAAAGAUGAUGGAACUCCAGGUGGACAUAGCAGACUCUCAGCAGCCGCUCAACCUGUCCAAGAAGUCCCCAUCUCCCCAUCCAAUGGCAUCGCCUGCAGCAACAGUAACCCACAAGGUUGUUUCACUGGAGGCUUGAGCCAGCUCCUCUACCCAAUGGACGACUUGAUGGACUGUUGACAUGGUGCAACAGACCCAUCACCACCGACUGCGUGAUAGUACAAAGCCAAACCCUAAACUCGCUGUGACAGCAGUGAUUCAAACAUACCAAGGUGUGAACCCUGUUCCUGCAGUCGCCACUGUGCCAAGAAAACAAAACUGUCAGUGGACAGUGGUAUGGACAAGCUGAUAUGGCUUGAGCGUGGACAUGUAGUGCAAGGGACGGAUGAUGAUGAAACACUGAGACAGCAGUAGCACGCCAUUAAUGAUCUUAUUCUGGUACAAAGCCAGUUUAACUGAUGGUGCCACUUUAACUGUAUUACAAACCAAAUAAUUUAUUAUUUAAUUAAUAAUUAUUAAUCUAUGUGUUGUUGUGUGAAGUUUAUUAUUAUUACUAUUAUUUAGUGUCAGUCUCUUAGAUAAUGUUAUAAACUGAUGUUGUAGUCCCUUGUAGGAGCCAUUGUAGGGCCAUACAUAAUAGUACGAAGAAAAUAUUUCUCACUUUUCAUGUCAUCUUUGUACAAGACUUGCAUAUACCGAGUUGAAAUUCCCGCCACUAAAACUCAGGGAUGAAUGGAUAUUUCUGGGAUGGUCAGGUUGGUGGUAGGUAGAGAUUCAUAGUUAGGGUGGGAAGCAGGUUUCUGAGCUUUGUAAAUAUUGGACCAAAGGUUAGGUUAGGCAGGUGUUUUUGUUUUCUUCUGUUGGUUUUGUUUGUUAGCUGGCUUUGCAGGAGAUGGAUGGAUGCAACAGCACCAGAACCAUUUCGUGGUGUAAUAAUUAUACACUUUGUUAAUAAGUUAAUUGUUAAUAGUUGAGGCACUUUUCCCAGAAAAAUCCAAGAUCCCUUGUUUGCAGUUUUUUUAAUAAAAUGACAAAAACCGUUAAAUGGCUAUUUAUAAAAUGGCGUCAUGCACCAAUCCUAUUAUAUUGUAUGUGAUAUAUUCCUUUGUAGGGCAGUGCAUUUUUUUUGUGUAAAGUGAACUGUUAUUAUUGUAUAUCUCCCUCAAUCCAUUUGUAAAAAGAUUUGUUUCUUAUUUUCAUUGUUCAAUCAUUGUUUCGCUGUAUUACACAGUUGCAUAUUAUAGUGAGGAGUUAGUUAAGAAUAAGGAUGUUGCAAAACCUCAAGUAUCUGAGGGAAAUGAGACUGAGGGAAGUUUACGGCAUCUGAUACCAAAAAGAAAAAAAAGAAAAAAUAAUUAUAUACGUGCAUACAUAUAUAUAUAUACAACAAUCUGCCCACUUCUUUUUGUAUCUGUAAAAUCUUCCUGUUAUUUUGGAGGAUUAUUUUUUCUGAU